CGGCAGUUGCCCGGGGGCCGGCCCGCGCCUGCGGUCGCGCCCUUCGGUGUGCCACCAACCCCAGUCGGGUCGCGGGGGCCUACUCCAGGGUUUCCCUGAUGUCUCCCUGGGCUCCCAGAGACGCCUGCCGGCUUGGGCUUGGAGCCUCCCGGGGCUCUGUCGCUCCCGGCUGCGCGAGGCCAGCCGACGUCCCAUCACUUCGAGCUAUGACAUGGUGCAUUAUGGCCAUUCCAACCAGCUGCGCCAGGCACGAGCCAUGGGAGAUUACCUGAUUGUGGGCGUUCACACCGAUGAGGAGAUCGCCAAGCACAAAGGGCCUCCGGUGUUCACCCAGGAAGAGAGAUACAAAAUGGUGCAGGCCAUCAAGUGGGUGGACGAGGUGGUGCCGGCGGCUCCCUAUGUCACCACCCUGGAGACGCUCGACAAGUACAACUGCGACUUCUGUGUGCACGGCAAUGACAUCACACUGACUGUAGAUGGCCGUGACACCUACGAGGAAGUGAAACAGGCUGGGAGGUACAGAGAGUGCAAACGCACCCAGGGCGUUUCUACCACAGACCUCGUGGGCCGCAUGCUGCUUGUGACCAAGGCCCAUCAUAGCAGCCAGGAGAUGUCCUCCGAGUACAGGGAGUACGCAGACAGCUUUGGCAAGUGUCCUGGGGGGCGCAAUCCCUGGACAGGGGUGUCCCAGUUCCUACAGACGUCCCAGAAGAUCAUCCAGUUUGCUUCUGGGAAGGAGCCCCAGCCAGGGGAGACGGUCAUCUAUGUGGCUGGUGCCUUCGACCUGUUCCAUAUUGGGCACGUGGACUUUCUCGAGAAGGUGUACAGGCUAGCUGACAGGCCCUACGUCAUCGCCGGCCUGCACUUUGACCAGGAGGUCAAUCGCUACAAGGGGAAGAACUACCCCAUCAUGAACCUGCACGAGCGGACCUUGAGUGUGCUGGCCUGCCGGUAUGUGUCAGAAGUGGUGAUUGGGGCCCCAUAUGCGGUCACAGCAGAGCUCCUGGGUCACUUCAAGGUGGACCUUGUAUGUCAUGGGAAGACAGAAAUCGUGCCUGACAGGGACGGCUCUGAUCCCUACCAGGAACCCAAGAGGAGAGGCAUCUUCUAUCAGAUUGACAGUGGCAGUGACCUCACUACGGACCUCAUUGUGCAGAGGAUCAUUAAAAACAGCCUGGCCCCCAGGUUAGAGUAUGAGGCACGAAACCAGAAGAAAGAAGCCAAGGAGCUGGCCUUCCUGGAGGCCACAAGGCAGCAGGAGAUACAGCCUGUGGGGGAGGGCGACUAGACUUCCGACUGGAGGACUGUCACGGAGAGCCCCCAUGCCGCCGCCUGCCCCCCCGCUCUGCUUGUCUUAAGAGUUUGGCUCACGCAAUUCUAAAGGAAGCUGCAGCACCAUCCACUAAGUGGCCUGGCUCCAGCAGGGCUGGUGGGGAGGGCACUACUCUUGCCUGCCUGCAAGGUGCCUGUUUGUAGUGGGCUCUCAGCUCCUCCUGCUCAGAGAAGGCAUCCAGCAGUGGAGCAGCCCAGCAGGCAGGAUGGGCAGAGAGGACCAGUGAUAUGAAGGCUGUUGCUCCUGUGUGCUUCCAUCCAGUGGUUUCUAACUGCUGCUCCUCCCCCAUCUCGGAGAGAGAUGACCCUCCUGCCUGGCUGGAGGCUGCACUUCCUGCUUAUCCAGCUUUGUGGAAGGCACAGAGUGAAUGGCUCUGGGGAGCUGCGUUCCUGGGGUCACUCCCCAUUGUGCACCCUGUGCCCUGCAGCUCAUCCCAGCACCCUGUGCCUGGCUCCAGGAAGGUGCACUUGUCCUGCUGUCCUCCCAACAGACUUCCUGGUCUUGAUUUGUACAUCUCUGGUGCAGCUGAAUAAAGCCUGCUGGGAAGUGCUGUGUCUGCCCCCAGCUCACCCACCCACCA